GUAGAAGUGGAUUUUACUCAAGUUUACACACCAACCGACUCAACAACUUUAUCACUGUCAAGAACUUCUAUAGCACUAUUUGUCGCAACAUCAACGUUUUAUCGUGUAGCUGUACGAAAGAACGUAGGAGACCACAUCUUUUGUGUUUUCUAUUUUUGACUGCUUGACACUCCAGCAGUUGAAAGGUUAGAGUUUUUGUUUCAUCGAUCGAGGAUUAUUGAACGUAGCUGGGUGUUGAAGAAAUACAAAUACAACGCAAAAAAAAAAGGGUUUGUAGAAUUUUCACUGCUUGAGAC